AUGUGUGACCAGCAGAAGCAGCCCCAGAUUCCUCCAUCUUGUGUGAAAGGUUCAGGAUUGGGGGCUGUGCAAAGUGCCUCUGUGAAAUGCCCAGCCCCAACCCAGACCAAGACUGUCUGUGUGACGGGACCUGCACCAUGCCAGACUCAAACCUAUGUGAAAUGCCCAGCUCCAAAUCCAUCUCAAACUUAUGUGAAGUAUCAAGUUCCAUGCCAGACUCAAACGUAUGUGAAGUGUCUGGCUCCCUGCCAGCCUAAAACUUAUGUGAAAUGCCCAGCUCCAUGCCAGACAUAUGUGAAGUGUCCAGCUCCCUGCCAGACAACCUAUGUGAAAUGUCCAACUCCAUGCCAGACAUAUGUGAAGUGCCCAACUCCAUGCCAGACGACCUAUGUCAAAUGUCCAGUUCCCUGCCAGACCCAGACGUGUUAUGUCCAGUGUCCUUCUCCUUGCCAGAGCUACAGUGUCCAAGCUCCUGCAAGUGGCUCAGCCUCCCAGUACUGUGCCAUUCCUGACCCGUGCUCUGCUCCUUGUUCCACUAGCUACUGCUGCCUGGCUCCCCGGACCUUUGGGGUGAGUCCCCUGAGACGCUGGGUCCAGAGGCCCCAAAAUUGCAACACAGAAUCAUCUGGCUGCUGUGAAGAUUCUGGGUGCUGCAGCUCCGGAUGCUGUAGCUCUUGUUGCUGUGGCUCUGGGUGCUGCUGUUUGGGAAUUAUCCCCAUGAGGUCCCGAGGUCCUGCAUGCUGUGACAAUGAGGACGACUGCUGCUGUUAA